AUGGGACCACCAGGCAUCAACUCAAAGCUGGCACUAGACAGACAGACAGCACAGCUCCUGGUUGGCGGUGGAAUCUGCAGGCGGGCUGCCUUGGCCACUGUCCUCACAAGCACCGCGGCAGCCCUGUGUAUCGGCAUCCUUGUUUAUUUCCUGGGGAAGCAAGAAACCCACUUCGAGCACAUGGCAGAGCUGCGAGGGAUCCCCUACCGGAGCAGUUUGCAGCAGCCCAGGACUGGCUACUCCCGCCUGCUGACCCCUAUUCUGGAGCAGCUGUUCAAAAGCAGCUUCCAGAACUCUCCCCUGGACGGCAGCUGCUCCAGGUGCACCAUCUUGCAAUACAGGGAGGGCAAUGCCAGCCUCAUUGUCCGCUUCCACCUCUGUUUCUCUGCACCGCCGCCCAGCCCUGGCAUCGAAAUGGACAUCCUGAGGCGGGGACUAGCAGCAGCUGUGGGCAUUGAGGGCAUCAGGAUACCCACUUAUGGCACCAUCUCAGCUGCUUCCCUCCUGGGGAAGAACCACCUCAGAGUCAAUUCUGCCACUCUUUUGUUCACAGGAAUCUGUCCAGGGGAGGCCUUUGCCUGCCACGAUGGCCAGUGUGUAGCCCCAGGAAACCUGCAGUGUGACGGCUGGAAAGAUUGCUCGGAUGGUUCUGACGAGGCCGGGUGUGAUUGCGGGACCCGGCCAGCCAUGCGAUCCGCCACUCGGAUCGUGGGCGGAUCAGAGGCGCUGCUGGGCGAGUUCCCGUGGCAGGUCAGCCUGCGAGAGAGCAAUGAACACUUCUGCGGGGCAGCCAUUGUGGCGGCCAGGUGGCUGGUCUCCGCGGCACACUGCUUCAACGAGUUCCAGGACCCCCGCACAUGGAUGGCCCAGGCAGGCACUGUCCGGCUGAGUGGCGGUGAGGGCAGCCGGGCACAGGCCAAGGUGCUACGCAUCCUCCGGCACCCCUCCUACAACGCAGAGAGCGCCGACUACGAUGCAGCCCUGCUGGAGCUGGCGGAACCCCUCACCUUCAGCAAAUACAUCCAGCCCGUGUGCCUACCAGCCCCCUCCCACUGGUUCCCCCCCGGCAGGAAGUGCCUCAUCUCUGGCUGGGGGUACCUGAAAGAAGACUUCUUAGUGAAGCCGGAGCUGCUCCAGAAAGCCACGGUGGAGCUGCUGGACCAGGCUCUGUGCGGCAACCUCUACGGCAGCAGUGUGCUCACCGACCAGAUGAUGUGCGCUGGCUACCUGGAGGGCAAGGUUGACUCUUGCCAGGGCGACUCCGGGGGGCCCCUGGUCUGCCAAGAGCCAUCCGGGCGCUUCUUCCUGGCAGGGAUAGUCAGCUGGGGGAUUGGCUGUGCGGAGGCCAGGCGCCCAGGUGUUUAUACUCGUGUGAUCCGGCUCUGGGAUUGGAUCCUCGAGACCACGGCCAUAUCCAGGGGCCCCACUGCCUCAGCCAUCCCAGGCACUGGGCUCCAUCACUCGGUUCCAACCGUGGGCACAAGUGCAGCCAGUCUACGGCACUCCAGGUCCACCCUCAACUCUGCCUCCCCACCCCCAAGCAGACCGGCAGCCACGAACCCCCAGUCCUCAGGUAGGGCAGCUGGCAGGGAGUGAGUGGAGGCGGGUCGGCCCCCUCCUGCAUCCACCACAGCUGUUCCCUGUUCAUGUGCAGAGUGUGGUCGGCGGCCUGGUUUCUCCAAACCCAUGAAAAUUGUGGGUGGCCUGGAAGCAUCCCAAGGGGAGGUCCCUUGGCAAGUCACCCUGAAAGAGGGUCUCCAGCAUUUCUGUGGGGCCGCAGUCAUUGGGGAGCGAUGGCUGCUUUCAGCUGCACAUUGUUUCAACCACACCAAGGUGGGACACCUCACUGCCUUCGCAGGCACCACCUCACUCUCGGCCACAGACACCUCUUCUGUGAAGGUCGGCAUCCAACAAGUGGUGCUCCACCCUUCGUAUGACCCUGCCCUACUGGACUUCGAUGUGGCAGUGCUGGAACUGGCCAGGCCGCUGCGCUUUGGCAGAUACAUCCAGCCUAUCUGCCUCCCACUGGCCGUCCACAAGUUCCCUGUGGGCAGAAAGUGCCUGGUUUCAGGCUGGGGCAGCCUCCAGGAUGGCAACGCUUCUCAGCCCGAGAACCUCCACCGAGCCGCAGUGGGGAUCCUCGAGCAGACGACCUGCGAAGGACUGUACAACAUUUCCCUCUCGGACCAGAUGAUCUGUGCGGGGUUCCUCGAGGGGAAAGUGGAUGCCUGCCAGGGGGACUCAGGGGGACCACUGGCCUGUGAGGAGACCCCAGGAACCUUCUACUUGGCUGGGCUGGUGAGCUGGGGCGCUGGCUGCGGGCAGGCCAAGAAGCCGGGAGUCUACACCCGGAUCACCAAGCUCAAGAGUUGGAUCCUAGGCAUCACUUCGCCCCAUCUCGGCACCGCAGAGCCCCUCAGAUCCAGGACCACCGCUGCCUCCACCGCCUCCGGCCCAGAGCAAAGGCCUACGCGCCUCGGCCCAAGCGCCAGCCCUGCCAGCUUCACCACACCCGGGCAGGUGGUCAGCGCCUCCAAGGCCACCCAGCUACCAGACUGCGGCUUGGUCCCCGCUGCAGCCUUCAGCAAGAUCGUGGGAGGAAGCGGUGCAGCGCAGGGCGAGUGGCCAUGGCAGGCGAGCCUGCGGCUGCAGCGAAGGCAACACGCGUGUGGAGCCGUGGUGAUUGCUGAGCGGUGGCUACUCUCGGCUGCCCAUUGCUUUGACCUCUACAGCAACCCCAAGACGUGGGUGGCUGUCCUGGGGACACCCUUCCUGAGUGGCCCGGAUGGGCAAGUGGGGAAGAUUGUCCGGAUCCACAAGCACCCCUUCUACAACGGCUACAUGCUGGACUACGACGUGGCCCUGCUGGAGCUGGCCGCCCCCCUGAGAUACACUGGCUCCAUCUGGCCCAUCUGCCUCCCAGACCGCACCCACGUCUUCAGCGAGGGCGGGGCCUGUGUCAUCACCGGCUGGGGCUCCACCAAAGAGGGGGGCCUGGUGAGCAUGCGCCUGCAAAAGGCCGUUGUCCAGGUGAUCCCAGAGCAGGACUGCCGGAGGUUCUACCCCACCCAGAUCAGCAGCCGGAUGCUCUGCGCUGGCUUCCCGCAGGGGGGCGUCGACAGCUGUUCGGGAGAUGCGGGGGGGCCCUUGGCCUGCAGAGAGCCGUCUGGCCGCUGGUUCCUGGCAGGCGUCACCAGCUGGGGCUACGGCUGCGCCCGGCCUUCCUUCCCCGGGGUCUAUGCCAAGGUGACAGCAGUCCGGGGCUGGAUUGCGCAGAACCUCAAAGCGUAACCCCGUACCCACUGGGGCCAACAGGGGGAGGACCACAGAGACUGGCCUCUCACGGUCCCGAUCCUGCCAAGGCCCUUUCCUGAAAAGGAGGACUCUGCCAGACAGGGCCCUGCUCCAGCCGCAGGUACAUUAAAUGAAAAUAACCCACUUGUGAAUUUCCAUGAGGUCUCUCUGGGUCUGCUGGGACGGAUGGUUUCUAGAACCCACAGCCUCCACAGCUUGUCAGGAGAAGCCCCCGCAAUGCUCACACAAGCUUUGGGAGCGGGAUGGCUUCCCCUCCAUUUCAGACAACAGGAAACGUGGAAGGAAACUGAGGCGCAAGGAAGGGUGUGUUAGCCAGGGUGAGCUUCCCCGCAUCGGCCCAUCUGCCGCUUCCUCUCUCCAGCCCCCAAAAGGCAGGAUGCACAUAAUGUGCUCAAGAAGGAUUAACAAAACACACUCUGGCAGUUCACAUAAGCCUGAACAAGCCUUCCAUGUUCAUUCUCAGCCUCAGGGACAAUCAAUGCACCACCCAUCCUGGCUGAGCCUCGCCUGCCUCAUCUUCUCCAAGGACAGAUGCUGGCACUCUAGGGAUGGAAGUCUCUUCCACUGCCGGCCAACGGAACAAGGCCCAGCCACCACACCCUACUUGGCUCAAGGCAGCUUCUCUUUGCUCCCACAAAGCAGAGGGGCAGCUUGCACUUCUUCAAGGAACCCCCCCCCCC